GUUUGACAGGUUUAGAAGUGUGACGUAACUGGAAGACAAACAACAGGUUAUUAACUCAAUUUACUAACGAUGGGCAGGCAUCCCAACUCCGCCAGCCAAAUUUAAAUAACUUCAGGGGGGUUGUUGUCGGCACACGUCAAGGUCUCCUUAUAACCUUCGUCUCAAUUCAAUUAGAUGGUUUCCCUCUCUUAAACAGCUCCAGUGCUCGUCACGGCAACAACGAGAUGUUAGUAGAUGAUCUGGUCUGGGCUUUGUUCAAGCGCCACUGGCAGCACACCCUGACCUACUGGAGCGUGUUCUUUAGUUUCGGGCUGUGUAUUGCGUUCCUGGGGCCGACCAUCCUGGCCCUGAGGUGUCAGACCCAGUCCACUCUGCAGGAGAUCUUCUUCUUCGCCCAACAGCUCUCUCUCAUGCUGGGGAGUGCCCUGGGAGGAAUCUUCAAGAAGAUGUCCUGCAUUUCUUCAUAGGGCUGGGUGCGUUGGUGAGUCCCCUCAUAGCAGACCCUUUCCUGUCUGAGGGGAGUUGUGUUCUGGGGGGACAUGACAGCCAACUCCUCCACUGACCCCCAUCACCUUCGCAGCUCCCUGGCAGGCAAAGGGACAACCCCAUUGCACAAGAUAUCCCACCACUUCCACCUCUAGACAGAGGGCAUCAUCAUCACCACCAACAUCUCCUACUCAUUCUGGAUCAUGUCUUUUU